GCUGACCCACAUAGAUCAAAACCUAGCAUCUCAUCACAAAACUAAACUCGCGUCCAAUUACACGGAAAAAAAGGGCCACCUGUAAGGCCGUGUGGAACUCCCUCUCCCGGCCUGUGGCCUCCGGACAACCAGUCAACCAGAGAGGAGAGCGCGUCGCGUCGCGUCGCGCGCACGAGCAGGCGCCGGAAACAUGGCCACGGCGGCGCACGCGAGACGGCUGGGGGCCUCGCGCGACGAUCCGUCGGCCGCCCCGACGUCGGGGAGGUCCCAGUUCGACCUCUCGUCGGGGGCGGCCACCGCCGUGGUGUUCCUCUCCAUCAUCCUCUGCUUCAUCCUGCUCUGCACCUACUGCCGCUGCGCUCGGCAGCGCGCCAUGGCGGCCGCGCGCGGCGGCCGCGCCAUGCGCCACGGCUUCCCGAGCGCCCUCCUCCGCCCGGCCGACGGCGCGGCGCUCCCCGUGGUGCGCUAUGCCGACGCCGGCGCCGGCGCCAAGAAGGGGCAGCAGCCCGAGGGGGACUGCCCCGUCUGCCUCGAGGCCUUCGGCGACGACGAUGGCGUCAAGGUCGUCCCGGCGUGCGGCCAUGUCUUCCACGCCCCCUGCAUCGACCGGUGGCUCGACGUGCGCAACUCAUGCCCAGUCUGCCGGUGCGUCGUGGUCUGCCACUACGCCGACCGCGCAGGCCCGGGUGCCAGCGACGACGCCGACGACCAGGAGAUCGUCCUGGAGCGCGUGGUCGCCAUGAUCGAAGCGAUAAGAGAAGAGGAGGCCGCGGCGAGGCGCGCGCCGGCGACUGCGAGGGUCCGGGGGUGAUGACGCGUACGUGCCUCGGGUUGUACAGGCACAGCUAACCUAACUGGCAGAUUUCGGAGCGCCCACCGCAUGUUUCAAGAUCAAUUCAGUUCAGAAGCCAUGCUUCAAGUACCAACCAAGAGGAGCAUGUCAUUGGCUUUGAACACAGGAUCCUAUCAGCCGAUCCAUACUUUCACCGAAGCUGGUGAGUGCAAAGGACAUUCGAAAGGCCGCUGUCUAAACACAAGUUCUUAUUUCUUGAUCAGCAUGCAAGCCAAGAGUUCUCCAGGCACCAAUGCAUGAACAUCAUCACAUGUGGACUGAACCAACUGUUUUCUUCAAUGAUGACCUGACUGCCAACAGUUUCAGAUUGUCCAAUCAUCCCCCAUUUCUUUCUUUGCUACUAAAGACCUCUUGUAACCAUUGCUCUGUUGGGUCCCACUGUCACAUUCAAUCAGAGAAGCUAUAUGCCAAAUUCUGUUUGACAGAAUACUGUCCUCAACAAGCGAAU